AUGAGCGCCAAACAGACGUCCGUGUCCAGGAGAGUCGAACUGGUGCGGUACCGGAACAGAUCGCCCCGCGCUUCCGGCGUAAAACGCGGCGCGAACGUGUGGAAGAAUAUUUUGGACGACAUUUGCGAUCAAUGUUCGCUGCACGGCCUCAAUCACAUUAUCCGGAACGACCGGAGUACUGGAGAAAAAGUGUUUUGGACGAUAACUGUCAUGUGCGCCGUCCUGUUCGCCACUUACGCGAUCUUCGAAUCGUGGAAGAUGUACAGCGACAGUUCGAUUGAUACGGUGGUCGAGACGACUUUUUUAAGUUACGCCGACAUAGCGUUUCCGAUGCUGGUGAUAUGUGACAGUUCGAGGGUGGACUGGACACGGGUUAUGGGAUUGACUGAACGAGACUUGCCGGGAAUCGAUGCAAACUUGUUGCCCGUCGUGAGAAAAUUGUUGAAAACUUUCUCGGUGAUAACGUAUGGAGAUUUCGACGAUUUUGACGUGCUAAUGAACGUAACGGAACUCCCCAAGAUUAACCAUCUAAACAUCACCGAACUAUUACUGAAGGUUAUGAGGCCGUGCGAUGAAGUAUUUCUCCCGGGAGGUUGCUGGUGGAACUUCAAACAGGUAAACUGUUGCGAAAUAUUCGAGUUGCAGCGUACCGAAUUUGGUCUAUGCCAUUCGUUUAAUUCCGAUUUCUCCGAAUACAGCAGAGCGAGAAUCGGUGCAAACUCUGGUCUUAUCGGUACGUAUUGGCAAACCGACUCCGGCGAAUUCCGACCUAGGAGGACGAGCGAUAAGGGUCAAUGGUCGGGCAUCAGAGUACACAUAUCACCGAUAACACCGGAACAAGUAGCUCCUAAUAUAAACGCCAAACCGUCAAUCCGGAUAUUGAUGGGCGAACCCAGAGGUGCUCCACUUGGAUCGGAUAUGGUCGUGAUGGCUGGAAACUUUGGAAACAUUAACGUGUGGGGAGAUCGGAUAUACAACACGCAUAGAACUAAGAAACUGAAGCCAAAGCAGAGAAACUGUUACUUCGGCGAUGAAAGUCCAACCGGAAUGGGCACGAAUUAUUACUUGAGACGGAAUUGCAGAACGUCGUGUUAUAUGUUUCACAUGGUCAAACAUUGUGGCUGUUAUAUAGAGGCAAUGUUCGGACUCAUGAAACAAAACGACUCAUUACGGCCGUGUAACGCGGAAGAUUUACUGUGUUUAUCCAAUAAAAACCAAUAUUUCAACAAUUACAUACCCUUCGAACAGCCUUCGUUUUUCAUGAAAGAUAAGCCAGGAUUAAAAUGCGAAUGCAUGCCGGAUUGCAUCCACCAAAUGUAUAUACCCGAACUUACCAUCGCCGAACACACCGACUCGACGAUGGAGGAGAAUUCCUCAGCGUCCAUACUCAUCGAUCUACACUUCAAACAGAGCGCGUGCAUACUGUACAGAUCGGACUUGAUCCUCGGAUGGCUCGACUUGUUGGUGUCAUUUGGUGGCUGUGCCGGUCUGUUCUUAGGCGGUUCGCUGUUGAGCUUCAUCGAACUUAUAUAUUUCUUGACGUGGCGAGUUUACUACCAUUGGCGCAGAUCACCACCGAAAUCAGUUAAAUCCAAAAGUAAAAAAAAAGGAAAAGGACAUCAAAUUUUAACGGACACCUGGAAAAUGGACGAUUGCAUGGGCAGUAAAACGUCCAUACCAUAA